CCGUCGAAAAAAUCUUCAAACGUUGGCCCAUCCGCUACAACUGUAUACACUUUAUUGUGUCCGCGGGGCUCGACAUGCCACCACAUAUUAUUGUUCGUUUCAGAGCGCAGCAAAGUUGUGAAUAAGCACCUUACUACAAAAGUUAUUUCAUCAGCUGUUCAACGCAUCUUUGGAAAACCAGAUAAUUUUUACUGUUAUUUUGCUUUUUAUCCACCUAACCAUGGAGCAGCUCCGGAAACCGUUGGAAACGAUGACAUUACGUCUGUUUUUGGCGGCAAGGGAUAUGACAUCCAAAGCCGGGGAACAGGGCAACGUUGUUAUUUGCCCUUUCGCGGUGACCUCGGCCGUUACGAUGCUGUAUUACGCCUCAGAAGGAACAUCAGCCAAUCGGCAAAUGGAGAAUAUUUUGCGUUUUGAGGAUAUGUUCGAUGGACGGGCAGAGGCCAAAAUGGUCUUGAUGGCAUUCCGUUGUGCCACAAAAAUCCUGACAAAAAUCAAAGAAAUGGAAAGUCGACAUGGCGCCGCUGAUAACAAAGCGCGCGACUUUCACAUGAUUAUCCAUAAUAAAAUAUUUGUCCAACAAGAUAUUGAUUUACAAGCAGAUUUUUUGUCUUCCAUCGAACGGAAUUUGAUGAUCAACGUGGAACGACUACAAUUUAAGGACGAUGUCGAGCUGGGAAAAGCGGAAAUUGAGAAAUGGCUGCGCCAGAAGCUGGCUAACCGGUUCUCGGCUCAUAUUCCGCACAAUCUGAUUGAUCCGACGUACACUGGUCCGCGCGCAAUAAUCGCGUCGGCCGCGCAUUUCCGCGGAUCAUGGGAGACUCCUUUCAAUCCAGAAGCAAGCUAUCGCGGAUCUUUUAAACUCGAUAGCGGCAAGAAUAAAGACGUGUGGUUUAUGAACAUGAAAAAUACUUUUCCAUAUGUUGAGGAUGAGACUUUCGGCAUCAAAAUGAUCGAAAUUCCGUAUUACGCCAACGGCGCCUCUCUGGUUUUAACGAUACCGUCAAAACGCAGCACACCGUUAGCGGAGAUGCUGCAAAAAGUCAGCAACAGCGUCUUCACCUCGCUACACAUGCGGCGCCGAAUGAAAUUAGUUGAUCUGACGCUGCCAAGAUUUUUUAUUCACAACACCUUCGAUCUUCGGACGCUGCUAAAUCAUGCCGGAUUCAAAGAGAUCCUGCACGAUACAACAGAGUUGCUGAAGUUUUCCUCUGAGAAGAAUCUCCGCAUAUCGGAGGGACUGCACAAAUGCGCCAUACAAGUUGACGAAGAUGGAACUUUCCAAUCCGACAUUGAUUACACGCAACAAGUGGACGACAGCAGCCCUGCACCGCCAUCCAAGCAGCCCAAUGAGCCGCUACCGAAAAAGAUUACCGCUUCUUUACCGUUUUUUUCCAAAGGCAAGCCUCAGACAGCAACCGGUCCACAAGCCGAAGAAUUCAAAGCAGACAGACCGUUUUUGGUUGCCGUAAGGCAUAACAAAGCGGCACUUUUUGUGUUUUCCGGUUGUGUCAUGUCUCCGUAAAUGGUACGUAGAAAGCCCUGCGAAAAUCGUGAAUGCACCGUUAUUAACCAUACCCUUGUUGGAAGCUUACGAAUACCGCCUGUGGCGUCAAGAAGAGUUUUAAUUUUUGUACGAGUAUAAGAAGUCCGGUGCACUGAAAUUCUCAUACUGAUACCGCAAAUUUCGAUUAGCGGCUGGCCGGCUGCUGACAUGAAACCGUGCUUUUUUUCACAGUCUUAACAAGCAAAAACGACGAGGAUGGAUGGCUUGUAUGGUGUUCGUACAGUACCUUAACGGAAAAAAUUAUGUGUACACGGUUGUGAUUCUAAUUGUAAGCUUCUUAUCAUUAGUGCUCUGUAAAUACAAAAGCAAUAAUAAAUAAGCGCCAUAUGACUGCGCAC